UCGUGUGUUAUAUUAACUACUAUAUCUUACUACAUAUAAAAUCUAAUGUGGCUCUCAAGAACUCAAAUUUUUUCUGAAGUAUUGUAUUAAUCGCGGUAGUGCGGAAGACUUUCAAGGGACGCCACUCGCAUUGCGUUCGUGUAUCGGAGCAGACGUCGCGCCGACAUUAACAACUUUGUCGUCGCCAGAAUCUAUGAUUUAAGUCUAACAGAAAAGCAGACGGCUAUCGACUGUGCAACAAGCUGUGAACUCGACUGUCAACCUAUCCUCGAAGCGUCGUUUCGCAAGUGCUGGGUAAAUACCCACAAAAGCGCUUUGAAGUUACACAUUCACCUCAGGGGUUGAGCUCGGCGACAGCUGGAAGCUGACCAUGGCCGCAUAAACCAUUGAUUUAUCAGUCGCAAUGGACGCUGUGUUUUGGCCCACUUAGGGUGUGACUUUGUCACUCGUGUACCUAUGCAUCUAAUUCUACAUUGAAAGUGAAGGUCUGUGUCAUUUUGUGUCCAAAAGCAAAAUUGAUUUCAGAACUGAGAGCAUCCACACGGAAAUGAGACUGUAGUUCCAUAGCAAAGAUCAAGCAGGAACUGCUAGAAAAGGCUGAGAUUUAGCCGCCUGCCGGAGAACUCCUCUCAUGGGAGGAUAGCAACGGUCUUUUCUUGUCGUUGUUUUAAAUCAUGGCAGCAACAUCAUCCGGUGUCGACUUGGAGUUUAUCAGUUGUUUGAGAGAGUGGUCUGUUAUGGAAAAAUCGGAAUGAGAGAUAGCAAAUGAUCGAGGUCCGUACGUGCUAUUGAGUGGUCAACUACAAUUCAAAAGGGCUUCUUCCUGUGAACUGUUUUUAUAGUGGUUUAUCGUGCUGAAAUCAUCGUCGCUAUCGAUUCCAAUUAUUCUUUACUGAAAUUUGCUUUCAGCCAUUGAUUUCGUUUUAUUUUUCUUGUUAAGAUUGGUUGUGUUGGAAAGAUGUAGUUUUGUUGUUCUUUUUAUUGUUCUUGUCUUUGGGUUGUUUUUAGUUGUUGAUUUGUUUGUUGAUUUUUUUUUUGGUUUUGUUUGUUUGUUUGUUUGUUUGUUUGUUUUGCGUGCGAAACAACCGGCAAAGUACUACACGAUUGACUAGGACGAAGAUCAUUUACUCGAAUCAUUCAGCUCUCGCUCUCUUUCUCACACACGUACACACACACACUAUAUAUAUAUAUAGGGGGAGAGAAAGAUAAAGAUAAAGAAAUAAACAACAUGGCGACUGUCUUUUGGAAAUAACCAGAAAACAAAACAAGAAACAUCUUAGAUUUGUGGAGCAUGAAAUGCCUUCUAAUUUGCCAUUUCAGUUUAUGGGUGACAAACUCAGCUCGCAUAAAAGUGUAUGUCUUGACUCCGGCACCGGUCAUUGAACUCUCACAACACUGCUGUCACCCAUCAAAGACUACAAGAGAAGAAAUGACCUUAUCAAUCACUACAAAAGAGCCUUUGUUGAUUUUCUGCCAGUCUCACUUUCUCACUUCAAACAUUAAGAGCCGAUAGUGAGCACAGACAUCGGCGGUCAUGCCGCACACAGUCGACACGGAAGCCUGGGGCCACGAACUUCAGGUGCGAGUCGAACAGGUGGAACGUUCGCUGGCCUCGGCCACACCUUUCACCGACUUGGAACGUCAGGCAGACAUACCCGACGACGGAAACGACCAAACGGCAGAAAUGCUGUGGAACGCCAUUGUCAAUCAUCGCUCGCUCUUUCGUCGUGAAGUACUGCGCUUGCGCAAAGAGCUCGACGAUUUUCGUCACUUUUGCAAGGAGCAGAUUCAACGACGGGUCGAGGAGAUAAAAGAAUAUCUUCCGCAAUGCCAGGAGAACGUAACUGCCAGACGAGACGUCACAGAGAACAGAGAAAGCUCAGUCACGGCUAAACUAAACCAAGGCUUGGCCUCGCAGGAUGCAGAGAAGUGGAAGCGGCUGCAAAGAAUGCAAGAUUGUGAAGCAGAGCUGAUGGCUAAGGAGGAAUCUUUAGCAGCCAAACGACGAGACCUUCUUCAGUAUGAACAAGAGAUCAUUGAGGUAGAGAGUAUGCUGAACCACCGUCACACCAUCUGCGAGAGACGUCAGCAAACACUGGCUGCCCUUGACGAGGAACUAGAAGUUCUCAGGGGAGAGAUGGAGCACAAGCAUGUGCACCUGCAGACCAGUGGUGUGAUUCCAGAAACGACAGCUGACCGGGCCCGCAAGAACUGGGAGGUCAUUCGGAGGAACUUGCUGGACAGACAACAUCUACUGGAGGCGACAGUCAACAAAUACCGUUCCGAGCUGGCUGCCGCCACUUCCGCCCUGGCAGGCAAGGACAUCAUCAUUGCGCAGCUCCACAAACAAUUGACUGACCUUCGAGAACACCUUGAAGGACAGGACAGUAAGUUUGAGCAGAUGGAAUCCCAGCUGCUCCUUGGUUGUGCAGAGGGCCAUCCUCUCCAGAACGGGGUAUCACGCGGGACAAACGCCUCCCAGCUGCUCGCUGUGCCCACCUCCGACUACAUCCAGACCCGCCGGCGCUCCCGCGACUUGACCUCGAGGCCACGGGUAUCCCCGUCCCCAAGCGUACGGAGAGAAUCUCUUCGCGAACGACCGAACACUCAAUGGAGGUCCUCCCAUGGUAGCCAGGAUGCGUGGCUGACGAUUCCCCAGAAUGUGAACACCGAAGAAACGUUUUUAACAACUCGCAGACCAAGGUCCAGAGCAUUAAGCGUCGAUGUGUCGCCAGGUAGCGCUCGCAAGUUGUCGACCGGAUCUUCUCGAUUUUCCUAUAGGGACAGGACCCGAAAGGACAGUUCCAACUACAGCAACGGCACUGCCAACAACCAGCUGUACGUUUCGGCCAUGCGAAAGGACAGCGUGCAGGAAAGUUCGACUUGCAAGAUCAUGUGACCGGCACAUGACUGACCAACUUUCUUUACUUCGCGUUUGUCUAUCUUUCUUCGUAGUUGUUCGAUCGAAAAGGGUACAGGGCAAAAGUUCAGAAAUUCCCUGCAGAGAGGGCAGGUAGACGCAAGUUGCACCUAUUCCUGUCUUGUUUUCCAUUCGGCGCCGUUGUCUGUUCCUAGGUGCUGUAGCUUUGCCAAGACUGAUUUACCAGAUUGUGUCAGAGGACAGGUCUUCUAGUUCAUUUUCCCCUCAGUUGGCAGACGACUGGCAGACUGCACGACUAUAGUGCAAUUAACGCAAAAUAUCUACUGUAGUCUGUAGCCAAUCGAAUUCAGAUUCAAGCAGUCGGGCCAGUGUCGAUAUUUUUCCCUGCUGAAAAUCAUCUGAAGCGUGUUGAUGGGAGAAGAGCUGAGUUUAGAACUUCCGACGACCAUUCUUUGCAGCGCAUUUCUGUUCGUGAGAAGUUUUCAUUCGCCUUACAAAGGAGGUUUCUUUGUCUUCAAUCAAUAAUCUGUUAUCCCUAUCCGCAUGUAAAAAUAAUUCUUUUCAUCCCGCAACUCAGUGGACGAUCUGUAAAUGCUUUUUAUCCCUCAGAUAAUCUUCCAUCUUUAACCACUGAAUACUCAAUUAAAUUUCCAUCCUAGAACAUUUCAUUUACCCCAGCCACUCUCAUUUCCAUUGCUUAAGUUGCUUACUUUUUGUCCGAUCUUCGUUAAAUCCACAUUCCUUCGUCGUUGAUUUUUCUUUAACAAUGCACAUGACUCUAGUUUUCAUUCAAGCGGACGAACCUCGUUUUUAAAAUUUUCACUUAGAAAUCAUUGCAAGGUGCAUAGCGAGAAUGUGUUCAACUCCAAUACCAAUCUCAGAAUCGAUCUCUUCGUAAGAUGCUUGUUAUCGAAUGCACGUUGAGAGAAAAAAAAAAAAACCUGCUUCAUUCUCGUCCUACUGUGCCAAGUAGAGCAAGCACUCUGCGAGAGCUCAAAAUAAAACCGUGGUGUGCGCACACGUAGUGGCUAACCUGCCUAAAACUGAUCGGAUUCUAGAGCUAAAUACCUUUCUUCAUCAAUAUUGUGGUAGACGAUCUACUUUGAAAAGAAAAUGUUUUCACCUCGAUGUUGAGGAUAGCAGCCACGGAGCAUGCGUAAACAAAAUUAGAUGUGGCUAGGGCUGUUACCUGGCGCCAUUGUGGAGAUUUGUUGGAGCAAGUGACCAGAGUUCGUUGUUUACAUAUGUGUGCGACGCCAUUCACUUGUUAUGCCUCAAGUGGAGAGAAGCAGUAGUUCAGAAGACUUGUAUGUUUUCAUUUUGUCUCUUUGUAGAUUCAUGUACCUUUCAAGUUCUUUUCUUAUUUCUUUGUUUUGCUUUUGUAUGCGUGAAUGCAUGUUUUUAUGAGAUCUAUAGCAACAUGCGGAACAUAAAACAUAAUACGUGUGAGCUUCAACUCCCCAGCAGACGGUUCAACAGAACAUAUAUUCUUAGCUUAACCACCGUUACGCAACAAAAUUGUUUUCCUUUUUUUUUUUUUUCAUUUGAACAGUUUAUAGGUCGUUAAUUCUUUUGGUUCCAUUUUUUUCUCUCUCAAACGCUAAGAUAUGAACCUUGACAAUCCCCACGAAGUUCUAUAUUUUGCAUUAAUGACCCGACCUUCUUUCAUUAACCGUCUUUCAAUACCGCUACAGCUUCAAUGGCUAAUUUAUUUCAGAUUCAAUCAUGAAUUACAUAACUUGCUGCCGGUCUUCUGCAGCAGUGCUUUAUAUUAAUCUUGCGUAUGAUUUAUGUCAGGCACAAGAUAGAGAAGGAUGGAGUACGGGUAGAUACCAGCGGGUGUAUACAAAUCCUGCCAGCCACCUCACGGUGUUUUUCUUUACUCGUGACCUGUGAGGUCAGAGUGGCAUGAAUAACAGAUAUGAAGGAGGGAUCAAGAUCUUGUCGACGAGACUGGACAGGUGGAGGAUGAAGUUAAGUGCUGAUACCUAAUCGUUGUCCAGGGAGGAGUUUGGGGCUGGAUGAAUGAUCCAGUCCUUGUUGGUUAUACGGAUGUUCUUUGGUGCUUGGUCAUGUCGUGUGAAAGAGGGACGUCCUUUGGAACGGGAACGACACAAUUCAGAUGUAAUUUGUUGUCUCAAGAGACAUGCAGAAAGUCGGUGAAGGGAGCUAGCGUUUGGGGGGAGGGGCGGGGGCCAGGAGGGAGGUGAGCAUGAGCGCGCAGGCAGGUGCAUGCUUGCAUAACCUCAACAGUGCAGCAGACAUUUAUGUAUUCUCAUAUGUUACGUGUACCUGUUUGCAAUUUUAGCCGCUAAUUUAAGAGUUCACCUUUGGCAAGCGCUUGUAUCUUAAUUCGUUAAUUUGUUUACCUUGGCGAUCCUGUUAGUGCAGGCGAGUUUUCCUGAGUUUUCUAUGUUCAUUGUGUUUGUACCAGGUAAGAAGGCCUUCUCGAUGAAAUAUUGUUAUUCCCAAAAAAGCGUCGCGAUGACUUUGUACCUCAGUGUCAAACUAUGCAUCCUGUUCUCUCAAUCGUCACUAUUAAGUCUGUAUACAUCCAUGUCGAACUUUGCGAUGCAAACCGUAACAGUUUUUAACAAUGGUAACUGUUAUAAAUUUGGUAUCUGUGAUGGUAAAAAAAGCUGCUGAUUUAUUGCAUCUCUUCCUUGCUUUUGUUUCAACGCCUCAUUAAAAUAUGCUUUAAAUGAUGUU